AUGGGCGAACAGGAAGAAAAUGUAAUAAAGAUGUUUGAUGUCAAGUCGUUUGAUUACCACAGCUCUGAAAGUCUGCGUGAACAAAAUAACAAUGAAUUUAUUUCAUUUGCUAAACAUCUAAACAGAGGUAACCUUUCAUUUCCACGACACCGCUGCUGUGAAGUAUGUUCUGGGAUAGAUUGCUCAUGCUUUCUUGACCAGUACAUAGCUUUUAAAGAAAGAGUCCGGGAUAACAAGGAGAGAUUCAAUAAUUUUUGGUUUGUUGAAAACGAAGCACAUCAGAUUACAUGGAAUACCUCUAAUGUUUUAUGCUGCUUUCAAAAAACGGAACAUGGCUUACAUGAAGGUAUACCGGAUUUAGUUGAAAUCAUCGAAAUUUGCCUCGUUAUGUCCAGAUCUCAAUCAGAUACAGAACGAUUUGGGAAACUUGCUAAAGAUGUGUCCGAAAAAAGAUUUGGUGAAAAAUUUAACGAAACGCAUCAAGACCAAAAUAAAAGGGACAGAGUUAAUCAGGAAACGUUUAUUUAUGGUAAUUCAGUUCCACUCCAUUCCCUUCCGCUCGAAGAUCUGAGGAAAGAAUGGAGUAAAACGCAUUUACCAGCCAUUUUAAGGACCAAUCCAGACAAGGAAAGUUCGACCCUGAAGACUCUCCGAAAUAAAGAGCAAAAAGUAAAAUUUUGGUUUCAAAAACAAUAA